GUGAGUCACUGGUGACCGACGGAAUGGUUGAAUAUAUAGAGCUUGAGCCGUUGACGAAGGUCAAAGUACGAUAUCAUUUUCCAAGUAUGAUGCCCUUCGUCAAGGGUAGUAGCCAUAUGAUCUAUCGUUUUUCUUCCGGGGUUGGGUACGUUGUUCUCGGAGGGAUAUCAUAUGUAGGGCCAAUCAUAAAAGGCAGUGGCCAGUUGAUCUAUUUUUUCGCUUGCAAGCCCGGCAAUGUUGCUCAUGGAGGAUGGAUAUAUAUGACCAACACGAUUUCCGGUUUAGCAUCGAAGCCUUAUGGUGUCGCCCUUGCCGUUCUUUCUUAUUGUAAAAAGCCGAAAGAUGAUAUAAUCUUAAUCAUAGAGAUCAUCUCGUUUAUAGGUUCAAUCAUCUUGUGCGCCAUCUUGUGCACCCAAGCCAUGAUUUUCAAAAGCAUUAUAUAUCAAUUUCAAGCGUCUAUAGGCCACAUUUGGAGGACCGCGUUCCGGAUAUCACUGCCCUUCGCAGGAAUUGAAGCAGUGGUAUAUGCUUAUAUUCUGUACAAUUGUUAUAGCGUACUUGGAUGCGCACCUACCAGUGGAUUUCCGUUAUUCAUCUACGUGUUCUUAUCCUUUAUCAUUGGAUUUUGCCUUAUAGGCUCUGGCUAUAUUAAAGAUCCAUUCGAGUACACUGUACCGGCUGGAGCUUCGUACACCCAGCGGAAAAGAUGGGAGGAAAAAGAGGCGCAGAAAACCGUUGGGGAAAGAGUUGUCGAUUAUGUCAGGUGGUUAUUCAACCUCGAAUACCGGUCGCCUGUCGACGACAGACGAUAAUCCGAACGAUUAGCAAAUACCUGCCCGUUUCUGAACAGGACUGUGUCCAUUAAUGACUUGAGACCUGCCAAUUGUUCCUAUUUGUUAGCAUCUUGGUGGUCUGUGAAAACCCUGCAUCACUCUUGGC